ACCUUGAUCAAAUUAGAUGUCUGCAUUCACAAAAGAUGGAAUUUCUCUCAGCAAAAGAUAAGAGCUUUGUUUUAUCGAGGCGCUAUAUUUUUUUGUGGAUCUGAUUCCUUUCCUUUGAAUAGUUUCCCUUCAAAGUGGAAAACAGAAUAAGCUUCUUUCUGCGCUGUUUGAAAGCUACAUUUUCUUCAUAAUAUUUAACUCGGAAACACCUUUUUUGUGCUCAUAAAUUCAAAUCAUAUCUACUAGCUACUUUGAGCAGUUCUAAACCAACUUCUUACGCCCGUUCUCGCACCUGAAUUUGCCAACUCUUUGCUCCUUGCUUGAGAAAUGAGUCUUGAGGACGAUAAGAAACCAGUAUCAGUUGGGCCAUGGGGAGGCCAAGGCGGGUCCUCUUGGGAUGAUGGAAUAUACUCCAGGGUAAGGCAAUUGCUGAUAGUUCAUGGAGCUUGCAUUGAUUCUAUCCAGAUUGAAUAUGAUAACAAAGGGAAGUCUAUUUGGUCAAGGAAGCAUGGGGGGGAUGGAGGCUCAAAGACAGAUAAGGUCAAACUUGAUUAUCCAGAUGAGUUUCUUACUUCAGUCCACGGAUACUAUGGGAGCCUAAAUGAACGGGGACCAAUUCUUGUUCGAUCGCUCACUUUCCAUAGCAACAGGAAAACAUAUGGACCCUAUGGUAUUGAACAAGGAACUAGUUUCUCAAUGACCAGGGGCGAGAUUGUUGGAUUUCAUGGCAAGUGUGGUUGGUAUUUGGAUGCAAUUGGAGUUUAUUCAAAGCCUACCUUAAAACUAAACCCCUCAAAGACAAUUAUUCAUGCCCAAAGUUUUGUUCCUAAUGGGCCUGAGAGAGGUGGCUUUUCAGUGAUCCAGGGAAGUGUUGGAGAAAGCUACGAUAUAGUUCUGGCUGUAAGACAGCGGGAUGCAUUUGGGAAUCCCCUGCCAAGGGAGCUCUCAAGGCAAACCUCUAGUAGCUCUCACGAUUCAAGUGAUGUAGAAGCCAAAAGCAAGGUUUCAUUUCAGACUCCUGAGAAAGUACCUUCAAAAGUACCGGAGGGAGUGAUAACUUAUGGACCCUGGGGUGGCAAUGGUGGAGCCAAGUUUGAUGAUGGAACCUAUACCGGUAUAAGGCAAAUUACUUUAUCACGCAAUGUUGGAAUUGUAUCAAUAAAGGUUUGCUAUGAUCGCGAUGGACAAGCAGUAUGGGGAAGCAAACAUGGAGGGACUGGAGGAUUCAAAACUGACAGGAUAAUGUUUGAUUACCCAUCAGAAAUUUUGACACACAUCACAGGGACAUUCGGGCCUUUAAUGUACAUGGGGCCUAAUGUGAUUAAAUCACUUACAUUCUGCACCAACAAAGGAAAACAUGGGCCAUAUGGAGAUGAGCAAGGACCCUCUUUCACGAACAAAAUGAAUGAAGGCAAGAUUGUUGGUUUCCAUGGCAAAGAGGGUUUAUUCCUGGAUGCUGUUGGUGUGCACGUAAUGGAAGGGAAAGUACCACCUCCGAAACCAUCUUUUUCCCAGGCAAUCAUCCAAAGUGAAAGGCCUAUAGCUGAGAUAGAUAAUUCUCCAUGGUCUAACAAACUAGUACUAGCAAGGCAAGGACUGGUUGAAGAGGUUGCUUGUGGUGUGAUAAAAGAACCAGCACCAUGCGGUCCUGGUCCUUGGGGUGGGGAUGGAGGGAGAGCAUGGGACGAUGGAGUAUAUUCUGGGAUUAAGCAAAUAUUUAUCACCAAAUCUGAAGUUAUUUGCUCAAUUCAGAUCGAGUAUGAUCGGAAUGGACAAUCUGUUUGGUCUGUAAAACAUGGAGGUCAUGGAGGAACUGCCACACAUCGGGUAAAAUUGGAUUACCCGCACGAGGUACUCAUUUGCGUAUCCGGCUAUUAUGGCUCCAUAAAUAAUGAUGAGAAGUCCAACGUUAUAAGGUCAUUAACAUUUUAUAGCAGCAGAGGAAAGUAUGGACCAUUUGGUGAGGAGACAGGCACGUAUUUCACAUCAACCACAACAGAGGGUAAGGUAGUCGGAUUCCAUGGGAGGAGCAGCUCUUACUUGGAUGCUAUUGGAGUUCAUAUGCAGCACUGGCUAGGAAAUCAAAGAACCUCAAGGUUGUCCCGCUUCAAAAUUUUUAGUUGAAUGUUGGUGUUUUUUUGGUAUGAUAAUUCAGAUAAAAUUGAUAGCAAUAAUGAAUUGUAAUCUCUAUUCUAAGUGGAUCAGAUACAUGAAGUGGUGGCCCCAAAAAAAAAAAGAUAAACGAGGUGAUGUGCUAAAUGUUUCUGAAUUAACCGCAUCCUAAAAGCGGUAAAUAUAGACGUCGGCCUUGGAUUUAACUAGUACUACUUCAAAUCGAGUAAAAAUUGAGUUUGGAUUAUUUUAAAUUUAGAUUAUUUCUUAUUCAAAUUAUUUUAAAUUACAAUUUUUAAAUUUAACUCUCAAAUUAUGUGAGUUUAAAUCAUCUAUUUGAAUCAUUCAAAUUCAAAUUAUUUAGUUUUAAAUUAAAUCAAUAAAAUUUUAAUUAUUUCGAACCGAUUUACGAAUCGAUCAAAUUUGCAUCAUUUAGAUUCAGAUAAUUUAGGUUUUGGAUGGACAAAUUUGAACGGUUGAAAUUUUUUUAAUCAAAUUAAAUUCGAUCAAGUUUUUCGAAUUCGAUUGCAACAGUUUAACAGGCCAUAAAUCAGAUUUAACGAAUGCAUAGAAAGAAACCCGGUGGAAUUGCCUACAGCAAAACUAUAUAUGGGCUUGUUGGGCUAAAAAUCUAACUCGAGCGGCCCCAUUCUUGACUUCUUUAAAAGCCUGCUAAGAUAAGAUAUUUGUACAAGAAGCAACGAGACUGCCUAACAUGGACCUGAAAACAUACAAAUCCAAAAAUGGCAACCAAAACCAAAUAUAGCAAAUAUAUAUACACAAGAAUCUGUUCGUUACGUACAAGUGAUCAAAUCCUUUUAUGUGCAUCGAAUGAGCAUGUAUUUUAGAGAGCUUUCUUCUUCGUAGGGUAUCCCAAUUAUUUGUGCAACCAUGCAUCCUAUCCUGAGUCUGUAUGUAUAUAUAUAAUUGCUGGCCAUAUAUGUAUAGAGAAUAUUUUCUCUAGCUAAUGCCCCAAAAAAGAAGAAAAAAAACAGAGACAGACAGCUAAUCUUCCCGCAAUCUUCGCUUUGUUACAUCACUAUAUUAAUUACAUAGAAAAAAAAAAUACUAGUCUUUAGUCAUCCAUAAUAACAAGUCAUGCAAGGAAAUGUAUGUGUUAUACAGUUUAAAGAACAAAAUUUUUGAAUUUCGAGCUUAGCAUAAUUAUUGGUUCAUAUAAUAAUUUUUAAAAGGUAGAUAUCCAAUAAGAUUGAAGUCCAAAUUCAAGUAUUUAUAACUUUUUUUUAUUUUUAAGUUGUGAUCUCUUAUGAACAAAUUCAAUAUGAAAUGAUUAAUUAGAUUAUUAUGAUUUGAGAAGAUUAAUUUAGUUUGUCUAUGUUUGUAGGGGUAUAUCAUAUGCAAAUUAUGUUAUUUGUCCAUAUAAAGCCGAGACAUCUUUACAUUAACCUUUCAAAUCAAUAAUUAAUGAAUAAUUGAGAUUUGAUAUGAAUUAUCCAAGAAUAUUGUUAGCAAACACAAUCGUUAAUACCAACUGGGUUUAAAGGUGGAACCCAUGCAAGAUGAUGGGGGAGCCACCAACACUAUAUAUAUAUAUAUGGAGAAAAGCUAUGUUUAGUGUCUAGACCCUUUUUUUUUUUCGUUUAUUUUCUUGUUUGAGGGCAAACCAAAAGAUGAAUGAGAAAUGUUGAAAACAAUAGAAAAUUGGCGACAAAAUCCAGAAAUCUGGCUUGUAAUUAAGUAAAGAAAUGAAGUCAGGUUGAUGUAUAGGGUGGUCUGCUGAGGAUUAAUGCAAGUUGGCAAAAGCACAUUUAACAAGAACGAAAUGGACAGAAGGAAACUCACUAGAAACACAAUUGACAUUGGGUAGACCUAAGAGAAUAAUAGAGUGGGCUGUGGGUGCCAGAUUCCAUGGUGUUUCUAAGGAAUACCAGGAGAUCAAAUUCAAAAAACCCCCCCGUGAAAACAAUUAAAGGGCCCAUAUUCUCUGGAUAAUGACGUGGCAACCAUAUCAUCCCCUUAAUAAUGGACCAAGAUCUUGUGUUAGAUUUUAUUCCUGUGGCCUACCCAAUUUUUCGUGCAGGGAAGUUAGCACACCACAUUCAGAUUUCACAUAUUGAGUUAGGGUUUUUUUCGUCUCUCUACAAAGACAUGUAAUGGACAUGUCCUAUAAGGAGAAUAUGUUCAACUUGCUUGGCUAUGCCUUCACACUAUGAUUGGCAAACUUUCAUGGUAGUCAUGGCAGUAUGUGUGAAAAAUUAGGUACUCAUAUCAUAUCAUAGUCAUGCAUCAAACAGGAUCUAAUAGCUACUUGUUAAAUUGGCAACGAAUGCCUUCGAUAUGGUGAGUUAUUCAAACAAGCAUUCCCCUGCUAUUUCAACACUAUGGUCAAGUACAAUGUAUAUUUUCAUUCCUCUUGGACAUGCAUCUUCUCAAUCCCCUCUUGUUGGUUUUCCAAAGAUGGAAAGCUCUUGUCAGUGUCACCUCAUAAUUUUCCUUGCCAACAAAGAAGCUUGCUAGCUAUACACAUUCAUUCACCUUCCACCUUAGUGAAAUGAGAUUUUAAAAGCAAACGAUCAUGUUAAAUUUGAAUAUAUAUAUAUAUAUAUAUAAGCACAUUUCCAACUGAAUAUAUAUCCAUCAUCCUUAUCACUUCCACCAGAAAUUUUACUAAAUAUAGUCAUGUGGGUUGUUGUUGCAACGCGCAUGCUAAGGAAGCAUAUAUGGUGGAUUAAAUUGUGGCCCCUCUAAGGUGUUUUCAUAUGCUAAGCUUUGCCCAUUCGUGGCCUAUGUUACAACUUCAAUCUUACAUGAAAGGUUUGACAAGGUAUAAGGUUUGCUUGUGCUGUCUAAUUGAUCUAUUCCGUAUGGAUAUUGCUAUCGACCAGCUGCUAUCAUUUUGUCAAUACACAUGGUGUUGAAAUGCUGCACCUGUAGGGUAUAUGGCGUUUGAUUGUAUUUACUGCUUAUUAUAAGACGAGCAAAUAAAAUCAUGUGGUUGGAUUUGACAUGAUUUUAUGUAGUACUGUAGCUUUGUUAAAAAAUUUUCCAACUCUAUGAUAUAUAGAUUAAGAAUAUCAGCCUUGCUUGGG